AUGGUGAACCGGGACUCAUCAGUAAACAAGACCUGCCUCCACUGUCUCAAUGGGAAUAUUCCGGGACAUGUGAAGCCAUCCAAGCCAUCCGACGCUGGCAACGAGCAGCGUGUGAAAAAAGAAUUACCCAAACUCAGAUUCUAUACAACUAGGGCCAAAUAUGAACAGAAGAAAGAUUCACAGGAAGACACACUAAGAAAAAACCUCUCGUUUGGAAAGACUUCUACCCAGAGUAGUACACACGACAGAUGGACCGCAGAUAGGGCCGUAGACGGAUGCUUGAAUCAAGACGUGUUUUCAAAUUGCUGUAUACAUACAGCUAAUACUAUAAAAGAAGUCUGGUGGCAGGUAGAUCUUGGAAGUCUAAAUACCAUCAAUUACAUCACAAUAUACUAUCGAGAUGCGUAUGAAAGACGAUUUGCAGGUUACCAGUUGUAUUUGUCCAAUACCACGGACUGGACACAGGGUAACCUAUGUUACGAAGAUACUAGUAAGAAUUUGGCUGAAGUAGAACUGAUCGUAACGCACCAGUGCCCAUAUGUAGCUAGGUAUGUUGUCGUGUACAACUACAGAAGCUAUCCAAAGCGACACGAGUGGUAUGAUGACUUUGUUAUACUAGAGCUUUGUGAGGUACAAGUGUUUGGGUGUCCUAUACAGAAACAUGGCUAUGGAAACUGCAACAAAAACUGCUCGCAUAACUGUUAUGGGGGCAACUGUAACGGAGUAACUGGUUCCUGCUUUUACUGUCUUCCUGGAAAGUGGGGUGAUGCCUGUGAUCAAGAUUGUCCUACCACCUGCAAAACCAAUACCUGUAUACCCAAUAAUGGAUCGUGUACAGAAUGUAAACCAGGGAGGCAUGGAGAUGUAUGUGACAAAUAUUGUCCUGUCACCUGUAAUGGAACCUGUGAUAAAGUCUCCAGCUAUUGUAGAGAUUGCGUCUUUGGACAAUGGGGUGGCAAAUGUGAUCAGGAAUGUGCUUUGAAAUGUAAAGACUGCAUUCAAACCAAUGGAUCAUGUAUAUACUGCAAUCCUGGAAGGUACGGACAAACAUGUGACCUGUAUUGCCCUACUAACUGCGCAAACGACGUCUGUGAUAGAGAAACUGGUUCAUGUUUCGAUUGUAAACCUGGAAAGCAUGGAGAGACGUGUGACCUGGAUUGUUCUGUACUGUGUGAAGGCCUUUUUUGCGAGAAAGACACAGGAUUUUGUUCUGAAUGUAAAGACGGAAUGCAUGGAUACCGAUGUGACAAGCCAUGUCCUGCUGGUUGUAGCUCCAACAGAUGCAGGCGAUAUGACGGGACUUGUGGAGAAACAAACACCGCUACAGAUAGCACAUAUACGGACAACAGGACAACUGUAGCUGUUCUAGCAGCUAUUACUUGUAUAUUUCUGGUAGCAGCUAUUGUCUUAUUUGUCUGCAUGCUGCGAUUCAGAACAAAAGCCAAGAGAGGGCAAGGAAAAGAAGAAGAACAUUACACAAACAUUGACCAAGCAAAGAGAAAUGUUCCGAAUACCUACGAGAUGACGCAGCAGAGAAAUGACAAAAACUGA